ACAACAACAAAAACUGAAGGGCCGAGAGUGCUUGAUCAGGCCCGGAAAGACGGGAGAGAGGGGGAGGAGGAGGAGGAGGAGAAAGGGAGGAGGCGAUGGAGGACUAGGUCACGUCAGACACGGAACGCUCAGUGAGGUUUCUGAAGAGGCGUGGGUGAGACCGUACGGGGACUGGAGAGAUCCGGGAUCUCGUCGUGUAGAGUUCCUUUCCGGGAGGUAUCGGUGUGUUUCACCUGUCCGGGUGGAUCCGCGCACGCUGAAGGGAGGAUCCGUUCGUUCCGAGCGGAGAUCCAUGCGAUCCACGGCCGAGGCCACGCACACGCUCCCUCUUGCUCGUCUCCACACAGCCCACAGUCAUGGGGGACCAGUUGGAGGAGUUGAGGCAGCAGUUGGAGAAACAGACGCUGAUCAACAAGGAGCUCCAGAACCACAACAAGGAUCUGGAGAAAAGACUGCAGGAGAAGGAGAAGCUGCUCCAGGAACUGCAGAGUCACUAUCACGACCUCGAGUUCCCCACUCAGAAGAACAGCUAUGAGGGCGAGCCAGAGGUCAGGAUGAGCCGAGCGGCCGUCAUGGCCCCCGAGCCAAUCCCCGAAGACCUGGAGAUCACACAGACCAGGGUCAAGAAGACCUUCGGCGAGACCAGUCUGAUCGUCAAGGCGAUCGGGAAGAAUGACUUCCUGAGUCGGCUGGAUGACGAGCAGACCGCCAUGAUGGUGGAUUUACUAGUGUCCGUCGACUUCAAGCCCGGGAAGGAUGUCAUCGAGGAGGGAACAGAGGGAGAUCGCAUGUACAUCGUAGCAGACGGCGACCUCCAUGUGACCCAAGCCGGCCGCAACCUCCGAACUCUGACCUCUGGGGAUGUGUUUGGGGAGCUGGCCAUCUUGUACAACUGCAAGCGUACAGCCACGGUCAAAGCCAGCACAGCUGUGCGUCUGUGGUGCAUGGAGAGACAGACCUACAGGACCAUCAUGACUGACAAGUCCAAGAAGAAACGAGAGCAAGUCAUGGGCUUCUUGAAGACGGCCCGCACUCUGAAGGACCUGAAUGACGUCCAACUCUCCAAGAUCAUAGAUUCCAUGGAGGAGAUGAAGUUCCAGAACAAUGAUGUCAUUGUCAAGGAGGGGUCUGAAGGCAACACGUUCUACAUUAUCCUCAAAGGAAAGGUCCAGGUGACUAAGAAGGUGAACGGUCAGCAGAAGCAGAUUCGCACCAUGAGCACAGGGGAACAUUUCGGGGAACUGGCCCUCAUACGAGAGAUCCUAAGAACAGCCACCUGCACUGCCAUCGGCCCUGUCACCUGUUUCUCCAUCGAUAAGGAGGUGUUUGAGGAGACCAUUCCUAUUGAGCACCUGGAGCUCCACAACGACUUCAACAUGGAACAGACAGACGCUCCAGAGAGGACGAGCUCCAGCUCCUCUCUGACGCUGAAGGACCUGGUCCCAGUGCUGUACCUGGAGGGACGUUACCAGGGUCAGCACGUGACCCUGGGGGUGGGAGGCUUCGGCAGAGUCGAGCUGGUGACCACCAUCCACCAUGGGAAGUACUUUGCCACGAAGCGGGUCAGUAAGAAGCUGAUCGUUGCCAAGCGACAGCAGGAGCACGUCCUGUUUGAGAAGAGGAUCCUCAAGGCCAUCCAGAGUGACUUCAUCGUCAGGCUGCACGGUGCCUUCAAGGACUCUCGCUACAUCUACAUGGUCAUGGAAUUCUGUUCUGGAGGAGAGAUCUGGACCAAACUCAAAGAAGUGGGCCGUUUUGAUGAGCCAGUCGCUGUGUUUUGCACAGCCUGUGUGGUGGAGGCCUACUCCUACCUCCACAAGAAGGGUAUCAUGUACAGGGACCUCAAACCUGAGAACCUGAUGCUGGACUCUAAAGGCUACGUCAAAGUGGUGGACUUUGGCUUCGCCAAGGAGCUGGUGCGGGGUGCGAAGACCUACUCGUUCUGUGGGACCCCUGAGUACAUGGCCCCGGAGAUCAUCCAGAACCAGGGCCACGACUUUGCGGCCGACUUCUGGUCCCUCGGGGUCCUGGUCUACGAGCUGCUGGUGGGGAGCCCCCCCUUCUCCAGCUCAGAGCCCCAGAAGAUUUAUGCGAAGAUUCUGGACGGGGUUCUUAAGUUCCCCCCUUACAUGAGCGAGGCUGCCAAAUCCCUCAUCAGUAAACUGUGCAGGCCUCGGCCAGGUCAGAGGUUAGGAAACACCAAGAACGGCAUCAAAGAUGUCCGGAACCACAGGUGGUUCAGCAGUAUGAACUGGCACAAGCUGCGUGUGGGUCAGGUGGAGGCUCCUACAGUCAAGCUCAUACGCAAGGGCCCCUGCUACAUCAACUUUGAUCGUUUCCCGUACGAGCAGCCUCAGGCUGAGGAGGAGUUCUCGGACUGGGACCGUGACUUCUGAUUGGACGUCACGGUCGGACGGAAGCCACAGAGGGUCAAAGGUCAUGAGACCAGGUACUAAUGGGCGAUUUCGGUUUGGCCCUCAACACUCCAUUUUAGACUGCCACAGGAGCAGGACUACGUACAUCAUCAUGACAUCACAGAAACAUCAUCAAAAACAAAUGGCUGCAAUGUACUCACAGAUGAACAAUGUCACAAUGACCUCCUGAAUAACUGAUAAAAAGACCUCACAGAUCAACUGUCAUAGUGGCUUUACAGGACUUGUUACCCCCUCUGGGUCUUUGAGUCAGCUUGUAGAGAUGCAUACAGUAUGAUGGAAAUGUAAUCUAAAAGGAUAUUAGGUUGAGAUGUGGCGGUUGUGUGUGUAUGUGUGUGUGUUCAAAGGAAUAUGCACUUCCCCAAAGAAAAAGAAAACUUUGUCCUACUAACAUGCUAAUUUAGUGCCUUUUUGUGCCGAUAACCACCUCAACCAGAGGUGACAAUUAUUUCAAGAAUCAAAACUUCAUGUUACACAUUCUGUGGCUGUGAACAUCUAAGUUCUGAUAUAUACAUUUAUCACUCAAGUAAUAUACAAAUGGGUUUUCAAGGUUGUGCCAAUGUUAUCUUUUUUUCCAAGUUGUCAAAAAAAGAAUGGUGUUUGUGCCUGAUAAGAUAGUAUUCUUUCAUUUCAGUUGAUAUGCAUCUUUUAAUGUGCCUUUCAUUCAUCUUUUCUGCAUUCUGCUGUUUUGAUUGUUUUCCGAGUGUUUUAAUCAUCUCUGCAUAUCCUUAUCAUGAUCCCUUAUGGCUAGAGCUCGGUAAAUAAACUAUUUUGCUUGUUCA